CCACCCUCUGAGUUCAUGCAGGUGGCAGACUCCACGUGGCUGGUGCUCAGCGUUGUGUCCAACGGGCGGGAGCCCACAGGCUGCCAGGCCACCGGGGUCACCAAGAUCGCGCGGUCGGUCAUUGCGCCGCUGGCCGAGCACCACGUCUCAGUCCUGAUGCUCUCCACAUACCAGACUGACUUCAUCCUGGUGCGGGAGCGGGACCUGCCGGUGGUGAUCCACACGCUGGCAGGGGAGUUCGACAUCUACAAAGAGGAGAGCGGCGAGUGCAUCCCUGUCACCUGUGAUGAUGUGAGCAACGGCUUCCUCAAGCCCAAGCCAGCCGCCAGCCCCACGCUGCACCCCGUGCAGAGCCCCCAGACCCGCUUCUGUGUCCUGACGGUGGCCCCCGACACGCUGCCUGCCAUUGCCACCAUGCUCAUCGACGUCCUCUUCUACUCCCACAGCCCCCCGCGGGAGGCAGGCGCCAGCAGCCAGGACCUCGACUCCAUCACCUUCUUCUCCUUCUCCCUCAUCGAGGGCUAUAUCUCCAUUGUGAUGGAUGCUGAGACCCAGAAGCGGUUCCCCAGUGACCUGCUGCUGACCAGCUCGACGGGGGAGCUGUGGCGGAUGGUGCGGAUCGGGGGACAGCCCCUCGGCUUCGAUGAGUGUGGCAUCGUGGCACAGAUCGCAGAGCCGCUGGCUGCUGCCGACAUCUCAGCCUAUUACAUCAGCACCUUCAACUUCGAUCACGCCUUGGUGAGCCGGGGGGGCAUCGCGGGGGUCAUCCAGCUGCUGCAGCAGCGGCAGGAGAGCAGCAGAUAG